AAAUUCAUGUGAACAAACAAUAUCUACCCUUUAGUUUUCGUUGUUUCUUCUUUAAUCAUAUAUAUAGUCGUGCUAUGGGAAUGCAUAAUUUAUGGACCAACCAUUCUAAUAAAAUAAUGCUGAAUUUAAGAAGCCUCGAAAGGUGGUGCUGUUCAAGAAAAAUAGAGCAUGGGCCUAUAAAUAAGAAUGCGAAUAAUAAAGUAGGCAACUCAUCGGUUGCGAGGAUAAAAGAUAAGUCACUGACAAACUUAUACACAUAUACACAGAGAAAUCUCAUGAGUACUCAAAUGGAAAGAUCUAAGUCAGUACUACAGCCCCCAGCUUUUGGGAAUUUGAUCACAGUUCUUAGCAUCGAUGGUGGUGGAAUUAGAGGUCUUAUCCCAGCAAUUAUCCUCGAUUGUCUUGAGACUGAGCUUCAGAAAUUAGAUGGUGAAGACGCACGAAUAGCGGACUAUUUUGAUAUGAUCGCUGGGACAAGUACUGGUGGUCUCAUCACUGCGAUGUUAACCGCUCCGAAUGAAGAAAAGCGCCCUUUGUUUACCGCUAAGGCCAUCAAGAAAUUCUACCUCCAGAAGUGCCCCAAGAUCUUCCCUCAAGAUAGCUGCAGUUCGCUUACAAAAUUUGUUAAGAACUUCUUUGCACCACUAUAUGAUGGGAAGUACCUCCACGACUGCAUAAGGAAGAAGCUUCCCAACAUCAGAUUGGAAGAUACAUUAACUAAUGUUGCUAUACCUACUUUUGAUAUCUCGACACUACAGCCAACAAUCUUUUCCAGCUAUAAGAUGAAAAAAAAACCGUAUUUGAAUGCCUUGUUGUCGGAUAUUUGCAUCGGAACAUCAGCAGCACCAACUUAUCUUCCACCACAUCAUUUUGAAACCACUGAUGAUAACGGAGAAAAGCAUGAGUUCAAUCUAGUUGAUGGUGGUGUCGCAGCAAAUAAUCCAACUCUUAUUGCAAUGGGAGAAAUUGCUAAGGAACUCAUUCAUAAAAACAAUGCCUUUCACGCACCUCAAUCCCUGGAGUAUAAUAAAUUUUUGGUUAUAUCUAUUGGAACUGGGGAAUGCAAAAAGAAAUGGAAUUAUAACCCUGAUGAUGCUUCAAAAUGGGGCUUGUUAAAAUGGUGGUAUAAUGCCAAUGGGUCUGUUCCCCUACUUGAUAUUUUUACUCAAGCUAGCACUGAUAUGGUUGAUAUCCACCUUUCUGUUGUCUUCAAAGCCCUUGGCGUUGAAAACAAUUACCUUCGCAUCCAGGAGGAUGGCUUAAAACAUUCGUUGUCUGAACUUGAUAGAGCUACCACCGACAAUUUGAAAGAGUUGACUGACGCUGGUGAAGCCUUGCUCCAAAAAAGAGUUUCGAGGGUGGACUUGGAUACAGGCAAAUUUAUCCCUUGCAGCGAAAAAACUAACGAAGAGGCUCUCAAAGAGUUUGCAAAACAACUUUCAGAGGAGAAGAAACUCCGUGACCAUCAAUCGCCACGAAUAGUGAAUUCAAAACCUGCAGAACCUUGUAUGUUGGAGAAAAAGCCUAAUUUUAGGGCAUUCGAAAAGUUAAGCGUCAAUGUGUGAAGGAAAAAUAGUUUCAAUUACGAAUUACAUUCAUGGUGAAGUAGGGCUAAGAUUGCCUUACAUAUGAUGUAGGCUUGUCGGGUUAAGUUGAGAGAAAUAAGUGUGUUCUACAUUAUUUGUAACUAGCUACUUUAUGCAUCUUAGUAGCGUGGCGUCGUUCUCCUAAAAGUGAUGUUGGUUCAAUGUUACAAGAUUUGAAAAGACAUCACUUUUAAGUUGUAGAUAUAAUUUAAUGCAAAGGUGUUCUUAUUUAUUA